GGGAGGCCUGCUCUCUCGUUUGACUAACAACUGCGCCUCCACCCAUGCGUAUGCUUAAAUAGCUGGCUAUCAUUUCCUGGGCUGCUAAUUUUGAGCAUGAAAUCACGCACAGUCCCAGCUGGCAAGCUGGUACUCGCAUCACCGGUCACACCCCAGACACCUAUAUGCUGGCAAUGCCUCCGCAAUGAUCUCUCCCUAGGUCAAUCCAAAUUCCAAAACCGCAAAUAUCACCCCUCUCGUCGAAAAGAUGCUUCCCCCUUUGGCGCGGCGGUUUCAGCAGCCCAAACGCUCUUCAAGGGUCUACCCAAAGCGCCUCCUGGGAUAUCAGUCGAUCCGUUGAGGAUCGUGGGCAAGGAACUCAAAUUUCUCACCAAAAAUAUCCGUCAGCUUCUUGGUUCGGGACAUCCUACGCUGGAUAAAGUGGCGAAAUACUAUACUCGAAGUGAGGGCAAACAUAUGCGACCACUGCUGGUGUUGCUUAUGUCCCAAGCGACGGCAUUGACCACCCCAAGAUCCAAUCGCUCCACGUCGGAUGCAGCUCUAAGUUCUGUGACGGUCAAUGACCCUAUUACUUCUCCUUCUGUCCUUGCCGACACCAACCCAGACCUGGAUCGGCUCACGUCACAGUCGCCAACAGAAGGUCAGUACGACUUUGCUGGCGAUGAGAACAUCCUCCCUUCCCAGCGACGACUUGCUGAAAUCACCGAAUUGAUUCACACUGCUUCACUCCUCCAUGAUGAUGUUAUUGAUAACGCCCUCACCCGUCGCUCCUCCAACUCCGCGAACAUCGAAUUCGGGAACAAAAUGGCUGUUUUGGCAGGUGACUUCCUGCUCGGUCGUGCCUCCGUUGCUCUGGCCCGCCUACGAGACCCCGAGGUUACAGAACUCUUGGCUACGGUGAUCGCCAAUCUCGUGGAGGGAGAGUUUAUGCAGCUCAAAAACACUGCCGAGGACGAAAAGAACCCCGUUUUUACAGACGACACUAUCUCAUACUACCUGCAAAAAACCUACCUGAAGACCGCAAGCCUAAUCAGCAAGUCGUGCCGCGCAGCUGCACUACUUGGCCAUAGCACUCCUGACGUGGUCGAGGCCGCGUAUUCCUACGGCCGCAAUUUGGGACUAGCGUUCCAGCUUGUGGACGACAUGCUUGACUACACAGUCAGCGGUGUUGAACUAGGAAAGCCUGCCGGGGCGGACCUAGAACUCGGCCUUGCAACUGCUCCUCUUCUUUUCGCCUGGAAACAACACCCGGAACUUGGCCCCUUGGUCGGUCGUAAAUUUUGCCGGGAGGGAGACGUUGAAAAAGCCCGAGAACUUGUCUACCGCGCCAAUGGUGUUGAACAAACCCGUGCUCUAGCUCAAGAAUAUGCAGACAAAGCAAUUGCUGCCAUCAGCCCGUUUCCUGAUAGCGAAGCAAAGGCCGGUCUGAUUGAGAUGUGCAGAAAGACCAUGAAUCGGAGGAAGUAAGUUCGCGCAAGCUUCAUCCUCCUCGGCCGUCAUUGGGAUACAGUUCGGAGUCAAUUCCGAUAUCAGACGAAAAGCUACAAUACU